UCUCUCUCUCCCCCUCCAAAGAUAUAUAUAAACCCUAGUUUGCAAAGAAGAGGAGAAGCAGUCUCUCUCUCUCUCUUUCUCUCUCCAGUCCAUAGAUUGCUUGGGUUGCAAGUAAAUGGGGAGGCAGCAAAGGCUGUUGCAUAACCUGAAGAAGGGAGAACAGAUGAAAGAGCAGGAAUUUGGUCGGCUUCUUUCAUAUGCCGAAGUGUUCACCAAGAGAUCGAAGCCGAAGCUUAUCUCACUUCUUCUCUUCUCUCUUCUCUCUGGUUGCUUCAUCUUCGCUCCUCACCUCCUCUGUUUUUCUCCCCCUUCUGCUCUCUCCCCACUCGGUUCUGUAAAAGCGAGUGAUGUUCAUAGCCAUACCCUUCUCUCCAUGCCUUCCACUGUAUCGGAUGAGGGUAUGUGGUGUGACAGAACAGGAUUCCGCACAGACAUCUGUUUCAUGAAAGGCGAUAUCAGAACACACUCGCCUUCUUCUUCAAUCUUGGUCUACACCGGCUCACAAGACAGAUCAGACGGUUUCACCAACCAUGCCUCUCAUGAAAAGAUCAAACCCUAUACCAGGAAAUGGGAGGCGAGCGUAAUGGAUACCAUUACCGAGCUAAACCUUGUCUAUUUCAGUUCCAUUGCCUUUUAUCAUGAGAGGACAAAGUAUAUAGAAUUGGAUUACCAUGUGGUUAGGGAGAAGAUCAAGAGUGGUUUCAUCAAGACUCAGUAUGUGGCUUCUGUUGAUCAAGUUGCUGACCUUUUAACAAAGUCAUUGUCUGCUGAUAAGAUGAACCAUUUGUUGAUCAAGAUGGGCAUUCAAAGUUUGUAUGCUCUAUCUUGA